AUGGUGCAGGUCCAGCCAAACGUACUGCGCAUCGCCAUCGCCUCCGUGUGCGCGCUCGCCCUCUUCAUCUUCUUCGACCCGCUCGGCUUCUCCUUCGUGUCGACGGCCGUGCGCUACAAGGGCCCCGACACGCACGCCGCCAUCACGCACAUUGUGCUGUUCCAGUUCAAGCAGGAGGCCGAUGCGGCUGCUGUCGAGACUGCUUGUGCAAACUUCCUCGCGCUCAAGGAAAGCUGCCUGUCGCUCAACUCGCAGCAGCCCUACAUCAAGAGCAUGACUGGCGGCAAGGACAACUCGCCCGAGGGCAAGCAGGACGGCUUGACACACGGCUUCGUCAUGCAGUUUACCACGGCCGACGAGAGGAACUACUACCUCGAAAAGGACCCGGCGCACCAGAAGUUCAAGAAGGAAGUCGAGCCGCUUGUGCAGAAGGUCACCGUGGUGGACUUUACGGCUGGCACGUUUUAG